GGUUCUUCAUCCUCCUCUCUCGCCAUGAAGGUGAUUGUGGUGUCGCGCAGCGGGCGGGAGGUCGUCAAGGGCGGCAUUGAGCUCCCAAACGAGGCGUCAGUGGAUGAUCUCAAGCGGGCGAUCUCCAAGCGCGUUCCAAAGUACUAUGCCUCGAGGCAACGCCUUACUUUACCUCUAAGGACCGGCCAAGCUCGUCCCACGGUACUAGAACACGGCAAAAGCCUCAAGGAAUACUUCGAAAGCAGCGAUGGUGGAGAGGUGGUUUUCAAGGAUCUGGGACCCCAAGUCUCGUAUCGGACCUUGUUCUUCUUCGAGUACCUCGGCCCACUGGUGAUAUAUCCGCUCUUUUACUUCUUUCCGGGCAUAUAUUCGCUGCUUUUCUCGCUCCCGGCACGGACCGUGACGCACCCCGUGCAAAAGUAUGCGAUGUGGUACUGGACACUGCACUACUCCAAGCGAAUCCUCGAGACUUUCUUCGUCCACCGGUUUAGCCACGCCACCUCUCCGCUGAGCAACGUUUACAGGAACUGUGCUUACUACUGGCUCUUCGGUGCCUUCAUCGCUUACUUCGUCAAUCAUCCGCUCUACACGCCUGUCCCGGACAAGCAGAUGUAUCUCGGCUUCGGUAUCGGGCUCGUCUUCCAGGCCGCGAACUUGGUCACGCAUAUCAUCCUCCGGGGGCUUCGCCCGGCCGAGGGCAAAGGUGGCUACGUUAUCCCCUAUGGCUUCGUGUUUAACUUCGUCACCUGCGGGAACUACACGACCGAGAUCUACCAGUGGCUUGGCUUCAACAUUGCGACGCAGACGGUGGCUGGCUAUAGCUUUCUUUUCGCUGCGACGUUCAUCAUGACCAACUGGGCCCUUGCCAAGCACAGGCGGCUGAAGAAGCUGUUUGACGGAAAAGAAGGGCGAGCCAAGUACCCGAGGCGCUGGGUGAUUUUACCCCCGUUCCUGUGAGCACCGCGGGGUCAGCUUAUCUCAACAUCAGCCAAAGUGGCCAUCGUUCUUUUGACAACAGAGAUGCUCUGAGAGGGAGGAGGCUAUUCUAUUCAUCCACCAUAAGAGCUUGGGCUCUUCUCAUGUAAGGUGUGGCUCUUCUGUGAGUUUAUCUUUAUCUUUAUCUUUAUCUUUCGGUACUAACUUGAGAGGGA